UGUGUAGUUCGCGUGCGAUUUGCGUCCUAGCGCUAUAACAUUUAUUUUGCUGAUUAUUAAAUAGAAUACAAAAGUAUUUUUAAAUAUAAACUAAUUUAUAAUGAAAACGAUGUGCAGUGAUAAGUUAAGAUAGCGUUUAUUAAAGUAUUGUCACGAAAUUAGUCACAAUGACCCCAGAGUUCACGGCUGCUAUUGCUAGUACAUUGUGAUAUUACCCAAUAUGGGAUAGAAAUUACAAACAAUUUAGCAAUUAGUGAUGUUUAUAUAAUUUAUUUAGUUUUUGUACAACUUCUACGAACCUAUGGUAGUUGGAUGUAGAUAAAAAUUGCUGUACUAUGGUUACAAAUGGUCAUUUUAAAGUCAUUGAACCUAUGCGCGGCGUGGUGACACUGUGCAGUGACUUGUGAAUCGGAAAUAUGUAAAUAAACAUGAACGAUAUAAGCUUGAAAAUAGUGGAAUCUCCGAAGAGCCACGGUGGUGUUGAUGUGUCUCCGACGGGGGAUGCAGGUGCCGAGAAUGAGGUGGAUCCGUUGGCUAUAGACGAAACCGAACUCGACAGGAUCAAAGAGCCGGUAUCGCAAGAAGUGGUGCUCGAGAAACUUGACGAAGAAAAGGCGGGAAACUGUGAUGAUGAUGCCAAAGAAAAAAAUAUAAGUGAGAGCCAGAAUGGAAGUAGUGAUAAUUUCCUAAAUGUCCAGGCUGAGAAUGUCAAAGAGGAAUUGACAAAAGAAGAGAAUAGUCCCCCAGCGGUUGCCGAAAACCCUUCCCCUGAAGCAACAACUCAACCUGAGAAUGAGCCAGCAACCGUAACGGAACCAACCCCAGUUCCCGAAGUAGUUGAGAAACCGGUUGCUCCUGAAAAUGCUCCUGUAGUUACUGAGGUCCCAAAGAAGGAGCCAAGUCCUGUGAAAGAGGAGCUUAUGGUUGUUAAGGAGCCGAAAAAGCUGGAACAGGAAGCUGAUGUGGAUAUGACUGAGGUGGUCACGGUGGAAGAGAAAGUGGAACGGAAAACGGAAAAGCCUAAACCAAAGCCAAUGAAUGGGGAUGUUACUAAAGAGGAACAAGGAACGAAAAGACGGUCAAGUGAAGAGGUUGACACUGAGUCGCCGUUGAAAAAACUCUGUCAAGAAGUAGAGAAGACUUUCCCUCAACACGACACGAUGAUCAACGAUUACAUUCAGACAGCCACCAAGAACAAUGUAGACGAAAUACAAAGGCAUACGGAACAACUGCUCUCGGAAAUACAAACGUUAAGGGAACUGGCACAAAAGAAAGAACACGAAUGGAAUAAUAUACUACACCUAAAAAAAGUCAAAGAGGAAAUUCUCCUAAGGCUCCUAAGACGAAAACAGGUGCUGUCCUUUGAAAAAUCUGCGGAAAUCAACGGUGCUGAUCGCGAUAGAGACCCCUUCGAUUAUCUGAACCAAGCGAAGAAUUUAGCUAUCGAUAAAAGUGAUGAGAUUUCAGGGUUAGCGCUCAAACAGCCUGGGUCUACCAUCAGUCCUAUGAUGCAGACGCCAAUUAUGCCAGUUACAACGCAUUUUAACCCCAUGUCUGGGUUGCCGCCUCCAUACGACAAAGCGCAUAUGUCGAUGCCGAAACCAGUAUUCCCACAGCAAAUGAUGAUGCCUGGUCACCUAACCGGGUUUCCUAGAGACAUGAAUGGGCAGCUACCUUCUAGUUUCGGCCUGCCCAUGGGCCGACAAGGUCCUACAAAAGAUGUGAAGUCGAUAAUAGCAGAUUAUAGGCAAAGGAAUCCUGAAGUGACGCCCAGAAGAGGCCGUAGAAUGAAGUCCAUAUUGAAUCCUAAUAUGAUGAAUGCGCCAAGACCUAUAGCGCCGAAGAUGGAUAGUAUGAACAAUUUGAAUAGCUUGAAUAUGCUGUUUAAUAAUCUGGAUAUGAACCAGAAAGCGAUGUUAGAACGCCUCCAACAAAUCCAAGCUGGUGGUCUACCGAACGGCCUCUCAUUCAAAGACGUUCUGGUCCAGUUCGCUAACAUGCAGCAGGCCAACUCAGGCCUCAUACCCAACAGGCCUCCAGAGACCAUCACCAACAGGCCUGAACACCAUGUCAGGCCCGAGGGUAGGAGGAGACAGGAGAGGAACCACGAAGAUGUCCAUGUAUCUGUGAAGCAAGCGGAGAGAUUAGCAUCUCCAAGCCCCAGGCUGCCUCCACCACCACCGUACCCUGAAAUAUCGCUUCUACCUGUCACCACCAGCCAGGAGUCAACACAACAGAACUCCUUACUCCACGGCAUUCUCACCAAGCAGGCGUCUCCUGCGUCUCAGAGUUACUCCCCGACGUUGGCUAAACUGCUCAUGUCGCCGGAAAGGAAACAGAGUGCGCCAACGUUACCAACUUUCGGUCAGGCCAAGAAUUGCGGCGAGAUUACGAUCACGCCGGUGCAGCCGACCCCGCCGCCCGAACCGCAGCCUGAGAAGACUGAGGAAGUUGUGCAGUUGGACGACGAAGAAAGUCCAGCAUCAGAAGGCGAAGCCUCAGGUUCCCCAUCAGGCUCCGGGUCAGGGCGGCUGGUGAUCGACGAGGGUGGGACUGAAGCCCCGGCGGAGACGGGGGCGGAGGCCGGCGAGGCGGCGGAGGCGGCGGACGACGCGCCGCUGUGCCAGGGCUGCCGCCGUAGAGACGCGCAGUUCGUCUGUGCUGGUUGUGCUAACCAGUGGUAUUGCAGUCGUGAUUGUCAGGUAGCAGCGUGGGACGAGCAUUCAGAAAUGUGUUCGGGCUAACCACGAUAAGUAUAUACUAGUUGUAAUUAUAUACAGUAUAGCGCACACGAAUAUACCGUAUAUAAAUAUAUUUAUAUUAGCUCUAAGUUUACUGUACAGAAGAGCGGCGCUUGCGAGUCUCAAACUUAAUAGACAUGCCUUAAAUCGAAUAGUUUUUAUUGUAUGUGAAUCUCUGAUCUUGGGAAGAGGUGCGAUCGUUUUCAGUAAAAAAGUUCCUUAGGUUAAAAAAAUAAAUAAAAAAAAAUACCAAUUGAUCUCGGAUAUCCUAAGGCAAGUAAAAAUUAUCCAAAUAAGAUUUCGCAAAUAU